GAAGGUGCAACCAUGUGGCUCUAAGUCUCCGGCCGAGCCAGCGAGGAGGAGCGAGGACAUCGGCUGGAGUCGGCCAUGGGGAACACGGCCAGCAAGUUCCGCAAGGCGCUGAUGGGCGGAGACGAGGCGCUGGCCUGGCAGCUGUACGAGGGCAACCCCCAGUUCAGGGACGGCCUGGACCCCAACGCCUCGUACGGCGAGCAGUACCAGCACAACACGCCGCUGCACUACGUGUGUCGCCACGCCAUGACGCGUCUGCUCAGGUGCUUCUUGUUCAGCAAAGAGGGGAACCCCAACAAGCGUAACGUGCACAACGAGACGUGCCUGCACGUGCUGUGCCAGGGCCCGCUCAUCCUCCUGCUGCCUGAGGGGGCGCUGUCCCCGCGACUGGCCCGCCCCCAGAGGGACGAGCAGCGGCGUGCGGACGGCCUGCAGAUGAUCCUGAGCUGGACGGGGGCGCGGCUGGAGGGCGGCCGGUACGAGAAGGCCAACGUCAACGCCACCGACAACCGCCACAGCACCUGCCUGCACUACGCCGCCGCUUCCGGCAUGAAGAGCUGCGUGGAGCUGCUCAUCCAGAGCGACGCCGACCUCUUCACGGAGGACGACGACAAGCUGACGCCGUGCGACCACGCCGAGCGCCAUCGCCACACCGAGCUGGCCCUCAGCCUGGAGUCGCAGAUGGUUUUCUCCGCCUCGCCGGCGCCGCACUCCGACGCACGCGGCCCGGCCAAGCUGCCGCCGCACAAAGAGCCCUACGAGGGUCUGAAGGUCCAGGACCUCCGCAGGCUGAAGGACAUGCUCAUCGUGGAGACGGCCGACAUGCUGCAGGCGCCCCUCUUCACGGCCGAGGCCUUGCUCCGAGCGCACGACUGGGACAGAGAGAAGCUUCUGGAAGCCUGGAUGUCUGACGCAGAGGGCUGCUGCCAGCGCUCGGGGGUCACCAUGCCCACCCCGCCCCCCAGCGGCUACAACGCCUGGGACACCCUGCCCUCGCCCCGCACCCCCAGGACCCCCCGCUCACCCCUCACGCUCACCUUCACAUCGCCCACGGACAGCUGCCUGACGCCGGGGGAGGACGGCCUGGCCACGUGUGGCAUCUGCCUGUCCUCCAUCUCCGUCUUCCAGGACCCCGUGGACAUGUCCUGUGGCCACGACUUCUGCCGGGCCUGCUGGGAAGGGUUCCUAAAUGUGAAGAUUCAAGAGGGCGACGCCCACAACAUCUUCUGCCCCGCCUACGAGUGUUACCAGCUGGUGCCUGUGCACGUCAUCGAGAGUGUGGUGUCCAGGGAGAUGGACCAGCGCUACCUGCAGUUUGACAUCAAGGCCUUUGUGGAGAACAACCCUGCCAUCCGCUGGUGUCCUGCAGCACGCUGUGAGAGGGCGGUCAGACUCAGCAGACCUGGCCCGGGAGAAAGUGACGCCCACAGCUUCCCACUGCUGCCCUCCCCCGCUGUGGACUGUGGCAAGGGUCACCUCUUCUGCUGGGAGUGUCUUGGCGAGGCCCACGAGCCAUGUGACUGUCACAUGUGGAGGAAGUGGCUCCAGAAGGUCACGGAGAUGAAGCCGGAGGAAUUGGCAGGUGUGGGCGAGGCCUACGAGGACGCGGCCAACUGUCUGUGGCUGCUGACCAACUCCAAGCCGUGUGCCAACUGCAAGUCCCCCAUCCAGAAGAACGAGGGCUGCAACCACAUGCAGUGUGCCAAGUGCAAGUACGACUUCUGCUGGAUCUGUCUGGAGGAGUGGAAGAAGCACAGCUCAUCCACGGGAGGCUACUACCGCUGCACUCGCUACGAGGUCAUCCAGCAGCUGGAGGAGCAGUCCAAGGAGAUGACUGUGGAGGCGGAGAAGAAGCACAAGAGCUUCCAGGAGUUGGAUCGCUUCAUGCACUACUACACCAGAUUCAAGAACCACGAGCACAGUUACAAGCUGGAGCAAAAACUGCUGAAGACAGCAAAAGAGAAGAUGGAGCAGCUGAGCAGAGCUUUCAUCAGCCGUGAGGGUGCCACACCCGACACGCGCUUCAUGGAGGACGGUGUGAGUGAGCUGCUGAAGACUCGGCGGGUGCUGAAGUGUUCCUACCCGUACGGCUUCUUCCUGCAGCAGGGCAGCACCCAGAAGGAGAUCUUUGAACUCAUGCAGACGGACCUGGAGAUGGUGGUGGAGGACCUGGCGCAGAAGGUCAACCGCUCCUACCUGAGGACGCCGUGCCACAAGAUGGUCAGCGCCGCCCGCCUGGUCCAGCAGAAGAGGCAGGAGUUCCUGGCCUCCGUCGCCCGCGGUGUGGCACCUAAUGACUCACCUGAGAUGCCCCGCAGGAGUUAUCCUGGAGGAUCCUGGGACUGGGAGUACUUGAACUUCACUUCCCCCGAGGCGGGGAGCCGCCACUCGGUGCCGGGACCGGGACCGGGACCGGGACCAGGAGACCCACGAGAGAGAUCAUCACAGGACUUGGCUGACAUUCAGUACCGUCGACGGCACCGGGCGCGGCGCCGGGGCGACGUGCUGAACGUGCACCACCACCUGCGGAGCAGCAGCAACACGCCAGAGAGCAGCAGGCGCAGCGACGGCAGCACAGAUGGUGCGGAGAGGAGCGAGGGCCGCCGGAGAGCGCUGGGCUCCCUGGAGGACGACGACCCCAACAUCCUGCUGGCCAUCCAGCUGUCCCUGCAGGAGGCACGGUGGGAGCGGGGCCCGGGCGGGAGGGCGGAGCUUGAGCGAAAGGACCCGGACGACGUCAACCUGCACUCCCUCAACAGCGACAGAGCCAGAGGCCCUUCCUUUCCCCCGCGCCCCCCCAACAGGACAGACUCCGCCUCCCAGCCCCUGCCGCCGUCCACCUGCCUCCCCCUGCCCCCUCCGCCUCCCCCGCUCAGCGCCGAGCUGCUGAAACUGGGAGACAGCCUUAAGACACUCGGUGCCGCGCUUUACCACCCCGGCGGCCACGCCCACGGUGCUGACCUAGGCCAUGGAGAAUAUCCUCCCGGCGAGGCCUCCCCUCAGAGUCACUGCCACACGAGCACGCGUCCGCCCGAGGCCGAGCACACUGCCCAAAACAAACAGGAAGAAGCGGACCAGCGUCCAAAGGCAGACCUGAACCCCCCUGCCCGCUUGUGCCUCCCUUCUCCGGAGUCGGAGUCAGAGCUGCUGCUGCUCUCUCCGGUCAUCCCACCGGGGGGCCCCUUCACCCCCAGUGACCCUGAGAGUCUGGAGCCCCUGGACCCCACCGCCAGCGCCCAGCUGCUGGACAACAUCAUGGCCUGGUUCAACCACAACAUCACCCCCCAGAACAACCCCCAGAGCCUGGCACUCAUCCCUUCGCCGCCCACCACCGAAACAGACUCCUCCCCGGACACACUCACCGAGAGCCUGGCCUCAAGCAGCGCCGCCCUGGCCCGGCAGCCCCCGGAGGACUCCUGUCCCAGCAGACCCAGCACCCUGGAGUUGGACAGCGGAACGCCCCGCCGGGCCACGCGGGAGGACGAGGCGGCGGCGGGCGACGGGUGUGUGGCGGGAACGUCGCCGCAACACGAGGACGGUCUCACGCCCUCGCCACCGGCCUCGGAAAGAGACUUGGACCUGGUGCUCCAGUCGGAGGAGGACCAGUCGCCUGUGGAAUGGGAGGAGGAAAUCCACUUGGUACCACUGGUUCCUGUUCCAGCCCACUGGUUCCUGUUCCAGACCACUGGUUCCUGUUCCAGACCAGGGGUUCCUGUUCCAGACCACUGGUUCCUGUACCAGACCACUGGUUCCUGUUCCAGACCACUGGUUCCUGUACCAGACCACUGGUUCCUGUUCCAGACCACUGGUUCCUGUUCCAGACCAGGGGUUCCUGUUCCAGACCCGGGGUGUCCAAACAUGCUAGGUCAAUCAAUGCGUGCUAAUGUACGCCACUUUGCCCUAAAUGGCGCAUUUUCCAGCAUAAAAAUGUCUAAAUGAGGUGAAAAUAGUAAGACUACAAUAAUGUUGACCAGACUAAGUAUCCUCAACUUACAUUAGCAUGCUAACUUGACAUGCUAAUGCUAAUAUCAACAUGCUAACUUUAUUUAUCCAAUUUUACAGCGGAGCACCUCAGAGGCACAUGACUUGGUGCUUGACACAUGCUAACUGUUAGCAUGCUAACAUUAGCAUUCUCGCAUGCUAACUAGCUUAGCCAAUUUUACACUCAAACACCAAAGCGUUAUAUAACUUGGUACUUGACACAUUCAAACUGUUAGCAUGCUAACGUUAACAUGUUAGGAUUAUAACAUUAACAUGCUAACUUUUUUCACCCAAUUUUAACAACCGAGCACCUCAGAGGCAUAUGUCUUGGUGCUUGACACAUGCUAACUGUUAGCAUGCUAAAAUGCUAACAUUAACAUGCUAACUUUUUUCAUCCAAUUUUAACAACCGAGCACCUCAGAGGCAUAUGACUUGGUGCUUGACACAUGCUAACUGUUAGCAUGCUAAAAUGCUAACAUUAAAAUGCUAACUUUUUCCAACCAAUUUUACAGCCUGAAAGUUAUAUAACUUGGUACUUGACACAUUCAAACUGUUAGCAUGCUAAUGUUAACAUGUUAAAAUGCUGACAUUAGCAUGCUAACUUUUUUUGGGGGCCAAUUUUACAGCCGAGAACCUCCGAGGCAUAUGACUUUGUGCUUCCAGCAUGCUAAUUUUUUUAGCCAAUUUUACAUCCAAACAACUUGGUACUUGACACAUUCAAACUGUUAGCAUGCUAACAGUUUGAGCUAAUAUGUCGUAUGCCUCAGAGGCACUUGACACAUGCUGUUAGCAUGCUAACAUUAGCAUUUUAGCAAGCUAUCUUUUUUAGCCAAUUUAGCAGGCAAACCCCUAAGUUAUAUAACUUGGCACUUGACACAGUCAAACUGUUAGCAUUCUAAUGUUAACCUGUCAGAAUGCUAACAUUAGCAUGCUAACUUUUUAAGCCAGUUUUACUGCCGAACACCUCAUAGGCAUGUGACAUGGCACUUGACUCAUGAGCAUGCUAACAUUGGCAUUCUAGCAGGCUAACUGUUUUAGCCAAUUUUACAGCCAAACAUCUAAGUUAUAUAACUUGGUACUUGACACAUACCAAUGGUUAGCAUAAUAACAUAAGCAUGCUAACUUCUUUUUUUUGCCAAUUUUGCUGGUAAACACCUCAAACUCAUAACUUGGUACUUGAUCCAUGCUAACAUUAACAUGUUAGAAUUCUAACAUUACGUGCUAACUUUUAUAGCCAACCACGUCUUGGUACUUGCAACAUGCUAACUGUUAGCAUCCUUAUGUUAGAAUGCUAACAUUACCGUUACUUGUUAAGCCAAACACCUCAGAGUUAUAUGACUUGGUACGUGACGCAUGCUAACGUUAGCCUUCUAGCACGAUCAUUUUGUUAGCCAACUUUGCAGGCGAACACCUCAAUUUCAUACAACUUCGAACUUGACAUAUGCUAACUGUUAGCAUGCUAACGUUAGCCUUCUCGCACGCUAACUGUUUUGUCGUUUUUUGCAGCCGAACACCUCAAUUUCACAUAACUUUGAACCUGACACAUGCUAACUGUUAGCAUGCUAACUUUCUUUUAGCCAUGAGACUUGGCACUUGACACAUGCUAACUGUUAGCAUUUCAACGUUAGCCUUGUAGCACAAUAAUUUUUUAGCCAACUUUGCAGGGGAACACCUCAAUUUCACAUUACUUCGAACUUGAUCUAUGCUAACUGUUAGCGUGUGAGAUUGGCUACCAUUAGCAUGUAAACAGUUAGCA